AAAUUCAGUGCAUCUUGCAUUGUCACUGUUGCUCACUGUCAUACUUCGCCCGGUUUGAGUUGUGAGCUUUGUAAAUUGAAAUUUAAUAAUGAAUACUCCGGAUUCCUUCAGCGCUAUGCCUUUUUGGCGGAAUGGCCCUGCACCAGGUGCUCUCUACAACUUUCCUAACAUAAAUGCACAUAACGCAAGCGGAGAUUUCGCGCAAAGAUCACAGGCACCGGUUACUACAGCGACAUCAAUUGUUGCUCUUAAAUUUGAUGGGGGUGUUGUAAUGGCUGGAGAUAUCUUGGGUUCAUAUGGUUCACUAGCGCGUUUUAGAAAUUGCCCAAGAUUAAUGAAAGUCAAUGAUAAUAUUAUCAUGGGGGCAGGUGGAGAUUAUGGUGAUUUCCAGUAUUUAAAAGAUUUAAUUGAGCAGAAAAUUAUUGAUGAAGAAUGUUUGGAUGAUGGCUUCAAGUUAAAACCUAAAUCAAUGUACUGCUGGUUGACCAGGGUAAUGUACAAUAGGAGGAACAAAUUUGAUCCCUUCUGGAAUAAUUUGGUUAUUGGUGGAAUUGAAAAUGGUGAACCUUUCCUUGGAACUGUUGAUAAACUAGGCACAGCCUACAUGGAUAGCACCAUUUGUACAGGUUACGGCGCAUACAUGGCUUUACCCAUCCUUCGUGCCGCAAUCGAUAAAAACCCGCAGAUGAAUCAAGCGGAAGCUUGUGAGCUGGUUAAGAAAUGUAUGGAGGUGUUGUUCUAUCGUGACGCGCGUAGUUUCCCUAAGUAUCAACUGGGGGUUAUUACAAAGGACGGCGUAAACAUUGAGAGCGGUUUGGAGAUUCAACAAAAUUGGAACCUGGCACACAUGAUUCACUAAUUCUUAACAUAUGGUUUAAUUAAUUAGGAUAACUUUACACAAAAUUACCCUUGUUUACAAACAUUAAUACACUGAACCAUUUUUGAAACAGUA